AUGGUCUUUGCACCAAAGUCAUGUUUUCAGGAUGUAAAACCCGAGGAGCUGAAGCUAGGGUCCCAACAGCAAGGCACGAAUUGCCAGGAGUUCACUUCAGGAUGGCAAGAUGUGAAACCAAUGACAUUAGGACCAACGUCAACUAGGAUGUUCUUACAAGGACCCAAACUGACCAGUGUCAAAUUUUCAAAUAUGUCUCCAGAGUCACAGCCACAAGGUUUGAAACCUUUCACGUUUACUUCACAGCCAAAGUUGCAAGGUGUAAAACACGUGAAAUUGUCUUCAGUGUCUUUGCAACAAACUGUGAAGUCUAUGACGUUACCACCAAAGUUACUGCCUCAAAAAAUGAAAUCUGGGGCCAGAACUCCAAAAGCAAGUGAUCAAACCACAGAAUCCUCUGAAAUCCCUAGAUCAUGGCCUCUAUUUGUAGGACACACAGAGACAAUCCCAAAGCCCAGGUACCAAGUCCCUCAGUAUAGUAGUUUGAAUUCAAUACCAAUUUAUCAAGCCCCAGAUAUGACACAAACAUUGGCACAUAAAGUCCCAGAAACACUGAAGAAAACUGCGGGGUUGACCCCAUUGACAACAUGUAAAGGCACAGAAUCUUCAGGAAUAUCUCUGAAACUAGAUGUUCAAGUACCAGAAUUUAUUGUCAUGACAUCAAGGUUAGGACAUCAAGUUUCUGAACCUCUAUUGACUUGUGAGAAACCUAUGAAAUUAACCUCUAAGUCACAGCAUCAUGUGGGAUCUUCAGGAGUAGCAUUAGGGUUAAGACAUCAAUGCCUGGAAUCUUUAAGUGUGACCUCUAAGCUGCAAACAGAGGAAUCUUUCAAGUUGCACUCAAAGCAAACAAAUCAAACUGUAGGACAUGGAGAAUCUGUAGAACUCAGCUCUGAGACAUGGCAGCAAGAGAAUGUAUCAGUUAGACUAAAACCACCACAGAAUCAAAGUAUGAAAAAUUCUGAAACAGCCCUAGCAGGAUCACUGGGUCAAGUGAUGAAAUGUAUGAGAAUCAAUUCAAAGCCACUAGAUCAAGUCACAGCAAGGGCCCAGCUUCAAGUAGGUUGCUCAGUAGAGGUCACCCCAGUAGCUCCUUCUGUGAAAGUCAUUCCUGGGCCACGACUUCAAGUUGUGAAGUCUGUGACACUACCAAGGCCAACCCUGCAGAAGGCAGAAUAUGUUAAGUUCACUCCAAAACCACAAGAGGUGACACCUUCAGAGUUUGCUUCAGGUCUUAGGUUACAAAAUGUGAAAUCGAAGGAAUUCAUCACGGAGCCAACACACCAAAUUUUGGAAGCGAUGGCACUGACAGGAUGUCAAAUAAUAAAGACUGUGUUAAUCCCAGGACCACUGCCUCAGAUUGUAAAAUCAGAGGAAUUAGCGCCAAGACCAAUUCCUCAGGUAGUAGAAACAACAGGAGCUGCCACAGGAUCCGGGAUUGAAGUAAUGGAUUGUUUAAGUGGACUCCCAAAGCCACACCUUCAAGAACUGGGAAAACCUAUGGAAUUAACUCCAAGGCCAAAUACCCAAGUGAAAUCUGCAGAAAUAACCUCACAGCAAACAUCAUAUAAAGAACCUAUAGUAUUUAUUCAGGAGCAAAGGCUUCAGGUUGUAAAAUCCACAGGGACAAAAACAGAGCCUCCUAACAUAAUAGACCCCGAGGACCUGAACCCAGGACAGGUAUGCCAGAAUAACUCAGAGGAGUUAACAUCAGAAGAGUUACAAGAAGGGAAUUCUUUCUCUAGGAUUCUACACAGCCCUUCAAUUUCACUCACUUCAAGUUCUGUCCAAAUCUCUGAAUUAGGAAGCCUUCGGGACUUGGGGAUACCAGAAGUAUCCAGAGAUUUGGAUAUGAAAAACCUUGGGAUAGAUAUUACAACAAAGUCUUCAGCCCUUCCUUUGGCCCUUCAUAAUCAGCCCUUUGACAAAACAGCAAACACCAUGGAAACUCUUCAUCUUGAGAUCUGGAAAGAAGAUGUAACAUCUAAGAGAACUAAGAGUAAGCAUAUGAAUAAGUUAGAGCACUUGCUUCACAGCCAUUUUCAAUAUCCACCACAAAGCCGGAGAUCAUCUGCUGAGACCUUUCAAGUAGGAUCGCGGACUCAGAGAGGUUCUCUCCAUUCUUUCUUGGGCAGACAAAAGAAUGUCUGGGAGAGUCAUGCCUGUAGACAACGAUUACCUAGGAAAUAUCUCUCCGGUAUGUUAAUGCUCGGCAAUGUCUUGGGGACAACUAUGGAGAGGAAGCUUUGUUCUCAAACAUCUUUAGGAGAAAGAGCAACAACGAAUAUCUGUACAUCUAUUCAAAAUUUAUUUGGUGUUCCAGCUGAACUGAUGGAAUUUUCCAGGAGAUGGCUAGAAAAGGGUCCAAGAAUUACUUCACAGCCUUCGGUAGUCAAAAACUAUAUUCAGAGACAUACACUAUGCCAUCAUCCUGAGAAAAGAAUGGCUUUAAGGAUGUGGACACGUGGCUCUAUAUCUUCCAUAAUACGGCAAUACUCAGGGAGUAGACUGGGAAUAAAGAAAACAAAGUCAAAGCUCAGUGACAUAUCACAGGAGUUCACUCAGCACAUACCUCUCUCAUGUGCAAGGAGUAAGCUUCCUGUCCUAGUGAAGUCAGAAUCUUCAUUUGGGAUAUUUUAUCAUGGGGAAGAUCCUGCUCCCAUAGUUAAGAGUGAAAACUCACAGGCAAGGAUUUUUGAGUCCCAACUUUCCCUCAAGACAAGUUAUUUUUCCCAGACCAAGCUGGACAUCUCUGAACAGUUCAAUUUGCUACAAGAGCUGCAGCUAAAAAUUGCAGCAAAACUCUUAAGGAGUCAAAUCCCUCCCAACGUGCCUCCACCUCUAGCUUCAGGUCUUGUCUUAAAGUACCCCAUUUGCCUACAGUGUGGACGGUGUUCAGGAUUUAAUUGCUGUCAUAAAUUUCAGGCUGCUUUGGGGCCUUAUUUGCUUAUCUAUCCUCAGCUCCACCUUGUGAGCACGCCUGAGGGCCGUGGUGAGAUUCGGUUGCAUCUUGGCUUUAGGUUGCGAACUGGGAAAAGACCUAAGUGGUCAAAAUAUCGUGGAAGAGACAGAUCGGUCGUACCAAGGAAGUCUAAAUUGCCAUCACAAAGGAAAGGUAAAAUCUACACUCCAGCUUCCAAAAGCCCUACUCCCACCAGAGAUCUCAGAUCUGGAUCUUCCCAGUCUCCUCCUCCUGUACAAGUCCAUGUCAGGCAAAGGCAACGGGGCAUGCCCAACUUAGCUGGAGAGUCAAGAGUGCGUAGGAAGAGUGAAUUCCCUCCAGUUCACACCCUACUUGAGACUGACUCUGAGAGUAACCAGAUUAAAAAAUGGAAUAGAGUAAGAACCACAAAGACCCCUGAUUCAAAACAUACAUUAAAGAGAGACACAAAGUUCUACACCAAGAGUCCCUCAAGAGAAUUACCAGCCCAUUCGAGGAGGAAGAUGGGAGCAGCUCAGACAAGUUCUGCUUCUUUAAAAAGACAACCUAGUUCAUCUUCCCAGCCUAAGUUCCUGCAACUGAUUUUUCAGGGUGUAAGGCAGGCAUUUCAAACAGCACAUAGAAUCAUAGCCUUGGUUGGACAGAAAUCUGAGGACAGGGCAAAGCCAGAUAAUUUGCAUUCAGGCAAAAAGUACCAUGCAAAACAAAGAUCCAGGGAGUAUUACUUAGCAAGAGAUAGCAGAAGAACCAGGAGGCGGGUUGAUAAGCAAAGACCAACCACUCCAACCACUAAGCAGGAGGACAUAGUGCCUUCAGGAGGGACAGAUGAAUGCAGAUCAGCUCAACAGCUAGAAAGAGUCAACUCCUGCCAGACACUUAGAUCUCUCCAACAUCUUGAGCCCGCUGUCCUCCAAACAGAUACCACUUUCCAAACCACCUCGAACAUACAGCUUUUGGGCACAGUGCAAAAUGACAGUAGCAGGAGAGCAAAGAGAAACCGUGACAAAGACGAAGUCUCCAGCCAAGAGUCUAAGAACUUUCCCAGAGCAGCAGCCAGAUUUCAAGCCCAAGGGACAAUUGUAACCCGUUCCCUUUCCAAGAGAACCUUGAAAAGUUACCUUGUAGAGAAAGACACCCAGGAGAGAACGCCAUGGGAUGCCUCUCAGAGGAACCAGCUCAGCCCCUCUGAGAGAACUCUUCGCCAUCUCUCUCAGAGGGGCCACGGCGUUCCCUCCGGCAGAAACCACCUCAGCCCCUCUGAGAGAACCCUCCGCAAUCUCUCUGAGAGAAGACAGCGAAGUUCCUCCGAGAGGAGACGCCACAGGUCUUCUCAGCGGAGCCAGGCCAGUCCCUGUGAGAGAAGACAUCGAAGUUCCUCAGGGAAGAGGCAAUGGAGACGCUCGGAGCGAGGUCACUCCAGGUCUUCGAAGAGCCACUCCAAUCCCCCAGAGAGGAGACGUCACAGAGUCUCAGAAAGGAGCCACCUCAGUCCCUCUGAGAGGAGAUGGCCAAGUCCUUCCGACAAGAGCCAUGGCAGCCUCUCUGAGAGAGGAGGACACAGCUCCUCCGGGAGAUCCCAUCCCCGUCUCUCGGAGCCGAGGCCCUCGCCCAGAAGCCACCGCAGUCGGGCUGAGAGGAGGACUCCUAGUCCCUCCAGGAGAAGCCGCCACAGCCACUCUGAGAGCAGUCCACCCAGUCAACCAGAGAGAAGCCAACACCGCCAUGCUGAGAGGACCCAUUCCAGUCCCCCGAGAGAGAGACUCAAGCACGGCUCCCCUAAGGAGAGGUCCACACAUAGUUACCCAAACCUAUCUCCGAGGGACACACCGAAACAUCCCAGAGCGUGGCAAAUGUGGAGGCCCGGAGCUAGCAGGUGAGGAGCGAUCUGCUCCGAUUCGAGACUGUCUCCCCCAAGUCUUCACCUAACCUCGUCACCCGCUGGCUCCUUUCCUUUCCCAGCUAUUGCCUCCAAUUCUGCACCCUCAACAAUGGAAGGGCUUCCGUUUCUUUCCACUUGGAGGGAAGGGGACUGAGAAUGAAUGGGUCUGCGGUUUCACUAAG